AUUUGACACUGAACACUUGAUUUCCUGUAUGGAGAAGUUGAGGCAUGGGCUUGCAGUUGAUGUCCCAAACUAUGAUUUUAUAACUCAUAAGAGAAAAUUGCCACCAAGAAAGGUAAAUCCUUCAGACGUAAUAAUUCUGGAAGGGAUUUUAGUAUUCCAUGAUUCACGUGUUCGUGAAAUGAUGAAUAUGAAGAUCUUUGUUGAUACAGAUGCUGAUGUGCGGUUGGCAAGGAGGAUAAGGCGUGAUACUGCUGAGAAAGGUAGAGAUCUCAAGACAGUACUCGAUCAGUACUCAAAAUUUGUCAAACCAGCUUUUGAUGACUUCAUACUCCCAACAAAGAAAUAUACUGACAUCAUCAUUCCCCGUGGUGGAGACAAUCAUGUCGCGAUUGACUUGAUUGUGCAACAUAUCCAUACAAAACUUGGUCAGCAUAAUCUCUGUAAAAUAUAUCCAAAUCUUUCUGUGAUCCAGUCAACUUUCCAGAUCCGUGGAAUGCAUACACUCAUACGAGAUGCGAAAACAACAACACACGAUUUCAUAUUUUAUUCAGAUCGACUGAUUCGCUUGGUUGUUGAGCAUGGUCUAGGUCAUCUUCCAUUUAAAGAAAAGCAAAUUAUAACACCAACAGGGUCUGUUUAUACCGGCGUAGAGUUCUGUAAAAGAUUAUGUGGCAUUUCCAUCAUCAGAAGUGGCGAAAGCAUGGAGAAUGCUCUGCGGGCAUGUUGUAAAAGCAUCAAGAUUGGGAAGAUCCUUAUACAUAGGGAAGGUGAUAAUGGCCAACAGUUAGUUUAUCACAAUCUCCCGAUGGACAUUGCUGAUAGAAAUGUAUUACUUUUGGAUCCUAUACUAGGCACAGGCAACUCGGCUGUUCAAGCUAUUUCCUUGCUCUUGCAAAAAGGGGUACAAGAAAGCAAUAUAAUAUUUCUCAAUCUCAUUUCAGCUCCUCAAGGAGUGCAUGUUGUUUGCAAAAGAUUCCCAAGAAUCAAGAUAGUAACAUCUGAGAUAGAGUUCGGUUUGAAUGAAGAAUUUCGCGUCAUCCCUGGAAUGGGCGAAUUUGGAGAUAGAUAUUUUGGAACAGAUGAUAAUGAGGCGAUCUCUUGAUAAGAGACUCCAUCUAAAUUCUGUAAGUUUUUCUGAUACAAACAGGUAGAUAUGUACAAGUAGUAUAAGUUAUGUGCUCCUAAGCUUAAUCCCUGUAUAAAGAUCUAUUCUCAUUUUGCCUGCAAACUAUAUCUUAGAUGUCUACAAUCAUCUUACGUUUAGUAUAUAUGUUUUUUCUGAGGCUUUCUACUAGUAAAUCUGUUGUUACUCUGAUACAUGAACUUAGAUGUAAACCAUUGUGCGUUUGGAUUUGAAAUGAAAACUUUUGCAACAUUAU